AUGCGAACAUCUAAAAAUCGAACUUCAUCAAAUACAUCAUCAAUAACUAAAAAUUCUUUGUUUCAAUGGCAACAAUGUUCACAAUGCCAGAAGUCUAUACCCUCUACAUCUGAGAAUCACGAAUGUUCAGAUGAAUCAAAUAAUGUAUUUGUUGAACAUAAUAGAGCUAAACUUGUUGCUCAAGAACAUAAAUCUGAGUAUUUCAAAGAUUUAACAUUACCUUCAUUUAUGCAUACAGACCUAGUGUUCAUAUCUCCGGAAACUAUGCGACUUCUUGGAAAUAUUCAUCGAAAUGAAUAUAUUCUUUUAAUAUUAACAACUAAAGAUCAACAACGAUUGUUAAAAAUAGGUUUACUUUGGCCCAAUUCAAUUUUAGCAGAUAAUCAAAUAGCUGUUAAUCGCGCAAUAAUUGAUCAAUUAUCUGAACAACAGAUAAUUGAACUUCGAACAAUUCCACAAGAUCAUAUUCAAAGUACAAAUAACAUCACAUUAAGUGCAACUGUUCCAUGUGAAAAACGUAGUAUCAAUGAACGUCGUUUAAUUACAAUAUGUCUAAAACAUCAAUUAGAAAAUCGAAUUGUUUUUGUUGAACAACGUAUAGAUUUUAUUUAUCUUGGUCAAACAAUUACUUUUCGUGUUGAACAACCGUCAGAUGAUGAGAAUUUACUUCAAUCAAUUCAAUCCCUUUCACUUGAGAAUAAUCUUCCAACUUUCUAUAGAAUUUCUUCAUCAACAACUUCUAUUAAUAUACAAUUCGAAUCUAAAACCAAAGAUAAUAAUAGUAAUUGUUCAGAUAAAUCGAUUUCUUUAUCUGAUAUUGGUGGUUUAAAAAAAGAAAAAUCGGAUUUAACUGAUCUUCUUCUUUCAUCAGCAAUAAAUUAUAUUCCACCACGCGGAAUACUUCUUCAUGGUCCAAAAGGUUGUGGAAAAACAAUAUUAAUCAAUGCAAUAGCUCAUGAAAUAUCUGCAAUAAUUAUUUAUAUAAAUCCAUCGGAUAUUUAUAGUCGACAUUAUGGUGAAAGUGAAACAAAAUUAAAACGUUUAUUUGCUCAAACAACUACAAUGACAAACAAAAAAUACUUACUUGUUGUUGAAAAUAUUGAAAGUCUUUGUCCGAAUCAAGAACGUAUAACACAACAAAUGGAACGACGAUUAACAACAACAUUUAUUACAUUAUUAGAUAAAUAUUUAGAUGGAAAAAAUAUAUUUUUAAUAGCAACUACAAAUCGACUUGAAUCCGUUGAUAAUGAUUUAAGACGGCCAGGUAGAAUUGAUGAAGAAAUUGAAAUUGGUAUACCUAAUCAACAAGAUCGAUUUGAAAUUUUAAAUCUUAAACUACGUACAAUAGCAAAUGAUCUUAAUGAAGAUGAAUUAAAAUUAAUUUCGGAGAAAACACAUGGUUUUAGUGGAUCAGAUUUAGAGAAUUUAUGUAGGAAAGCAAAUCAUUAUGCAAGAAAAAGUAAACAACCGGAUAUGAAUUUAAAUAUAGAACAUUUUGAAAAUGCUUUAACUGUUGUUCGACCAACUAGUAUGCGUGAAGUUAUACUUGAAGUACCAAAAGUAAAAUGGUCAGAUAUUGGUGGUCAACAUGAAUUAAAGAAACGUCUUGAAGAAAUGGUUGUUUGGCCAUUAAAAUAUGCAGAUGCACUUGAGAGACUUCAUGUUCAAGUACCAAAAGGUAUUUUAAUGUAUGGUCCACCUGGUUGUUCAAAAACAAUGGUUGCUAAAGCUAUUGCUACAGAAUCUAGUCUGAAUUUUAUUGCUGUUAAAGGACCAGAAUUAUUUAGUAAAUGGGUUGGUGAAUCAGAACGAGCUGUACGAGAAUUAUUUCGUCGUGCACGUUUAGCUGCACCAGCUAUUAUAUUUUUCGAUGAAAUAGAUGCAAUUGCAAAUUCACGAUCAAGUUCAUCGAAUUCUCAAGCAAAUGUUAGUGAUCGUGUUAUUGCUACACUUCUUAUUGAAAUGGAUGGAAUUGAAAAAUUAAAAGGUGUAACAAUUAUUGCAGCUACAAAUCGACCUGAUUGUAUCGAUCCAGCAUUAAUGCGACCGGGACGUUUUGAUCGUCUUGUUUAUGUUCCAUUACCAGACGAACAAACACGUUCUGAAAUAUUUCAAAUACGUUUUCGUCAUUCACCAAUUGAUUCGAAUAUUCAAAUAGAACGUUUAGUUGAAUUAACAAAAAAUUAUUCUGGUGCAGAAAUUACGGCUGUUUGUGAUGAAGCAGCAUUAAUUGCUUUACGUGAUAAUAUCGAUGCUCCGCAUAUUGAAUGGCAACAUUUUGAACGUGCUUUAACUUCUAUUAAACCACGUACAAGUGAUGAACAUAUACGAAGACUCGAUCAAUUCACUAAACAACAUGGAAAAUAA